AACAAACAACAAACAACAAAACCCUUUCUUUGACAUACACAGUACAAUAAGGGGAGUAUGAGAUCAGUAGGAAGUUGCGAAAACACCACAAAUGUGUUGCGCAAUACUACUGCACUACUGCACACUGCACAUGGGAAUAUCAGACUUGGGAGAGAGGGAUGACAUGGGUGGUAUGGAGGUUAUGGGGACAAAGAAGUAGCUAUAGUGCACGCUGCACACUCAGAGUUGGCAGAUAAUGCACAAUUCAUAAAGGCUGAAAUAAAGCCACUUUUUUUUUCCUUUUCACACAGCAGAGGUAACAAAUGACACGCUACCUUUACUUCAGGCAUAGUUGCUCAAUAUUCAGACUACACCUUGAACACAUGCACACACAGACUUGUAGAAUUAUUUCAGCUAAAGCAGUCAUUCAUGUGCAGGUUAUCAAGUCAGCCCGGGUCAUGAAGAAGGCCGUGGGUUACCUGACACCCUUUAUGGAGGAAGAGCGCCUAAAAGAAGUUGGUGAAACGGAAAAUGAGGUACAUUACAAUGGAACAAUUGUUUUGGCUACAGUCAAGGGAGAUGUUCAUGAUAUAGGAAAAAAUAUUGUUGGCAUUGUUCUUGGCUGCAAUAAUUACAAGAUUGUUGACUUAGGAGUAAUGACACCUUGUCAAAAAAUACUUGAAACUGUUAUGCAAGUUAAAGCUGACAUUGUUGGAGUAUCUGGCUUAAUUACUCCAUCUUUGGAAGAGAUGAUCUAUGUUGCAAAAGAAAUGGAACGGAACAAUAUGAAGAUCCCUCUGUUAAUUGGAGGAGCAACAACUUCUAAGAUUCAUACAGCAGUAAAGAUUGCACCGAAAUAUAACCAACCAACAGUUCAUGUUUUGGAUGCUUCCAAGAGUGUUGUUGUCGUUUCCACUCUGCUUGACAAUCGAUUGCGAGAUAUAUUUGUAGAUGACAUCAAGGAAGAAUACGAAGAUGUUCGACAAGACUAUAAUGAAUCUAUGCAGGAAAAACAUUAUAUCAGCUUGCAGUCAGCACGUGCCAAUGCCCUAUCAUUGGAUUGGAAAGACUUUAUUCCAGCAAAACCAAAGAAAGUAGGAAUCACUGUUUUCAGAGACUAUGAUAUAAAAUCUUUAUUGCCAUACAUUGACUGGAAACCGUUCUUUGAUGUCUGGCAGUUGAGAGGAAAGUAUCCUAACCGAGGUUACCCGGGAAUUUUUAAAGACAAGGAUGUUGGUUUUGAGGCAAAGAAAGUGUUUGAUGAAGCCAUACAUGUUCUCGAUACGAUAUGUCAAGAUAAACCCGUGAAGGCUCAUGGAGUUAUAGGUCUCUUUCCUGCGUAUUCUCUCGGUGAUGAUGUAGUGGUUUUGAAUGAUAUGAAGACCGAGAGAAUAGCAACCCUCUACGGACUUAGACAGCAAGAAGAAAAGGAAAGAGGGGACUAUUUACUGCUGCCUUUCAGACUUUGUUUGCCCAAAUCACAUUGAAAAAGAGGAUUACAUUGGAAUGUUUGCUGUCUCUGCUGGAUUUGGAGUAGAACAACUUUGUGCCAAAUAUAAGGAGCAGAAUGAUGACUACUCUAUUAUAAUGCUUAAAGCAGUUGCAGACAGACUUGCCGAGGCUUUUGCUGAACACCUUCACGAAAGAGUAAGAAGGGAAUACUGGGGUUAUUCUCAUGAAGAGAGUCUUACGGUUACAGACCUUCACAAGCAGCAUUAUAAGGUGGUAUAUGUUAUUAAGAUACCAGUAUUGGAGCAGUAUAUACAUUCAACCUUAAAUGGCAAAAUCAAAAUGGGCAGUUUGGACACACACACACUUUUUUGCAACCUAGGCACAUGCACGGGUGUAUGCUAGACUGUUAGUUGAGUAUAAAUUGUAGCCUGCACGCCAUAGAAAUCAAAGCUUCCGACAAAAGCAUAUUUGUAGUAACCGCAACCGCCACUGAACAUUGCUGACACUGGUGAAGUAUAUUCCCGGUAUACCAGCGUUAAUUGCAUGCCAGUGGCCUAUACCGCUCGGGCAGAGCAGAACUUCGUUCAAAACAGUGCGCUUGGCAACCUCAGGAGCUACAGACGCUAGUUUUGUCGCUGGUUGGGUUUUUGCUUCCUUGGGGACUUGUUUUUUCAGGCUCUAGCUAAUUCUCGCUUGCGCAAAUGCUGACACGUAGCUGUCGGGAAUAUGGCACGCAAUUCAUACUGUUUCGAAGUGGCGACACGGGAUUCUGUCGGAGUAGUCUUGUGGACUGGCUUCAUGAGACUACUGUGCGAGUUUUCUAGGCUACAAAUAGGUUAACCCAUGUGUUUGGAAGGCAUACGGGUCUAUACCCUUGGUGCUUAUCUGUACUGCCCUCGUUCAGUACUUAUAAUCACCUAGGGUAUUGCCCGUAUACCUUCCAAACCCAUGGGUUUCUGACUUGAGAACCAUGGAUUAUGCACGGGUUUACUUAGCAGCAGAUCCGCUGAGUCAGCGGACUGACGCCAUUUUCACAUGAGUAGAUUUAAGGAUGGGACAGCAUUAGUAUCUACUCAAAUGAUACUUAUUACAAGGUUUUAACUAACAUGCUCAACAGCUGUUCUCUAUAUAUAGGGUA